AUGAGGAGAUCGGAGCGCCCUCGUCGUAUCGACGAUACACAUCGGUACAAAUCCUACCACGGCGGCGCCGGCGACCACGACUUCCCACCGGGCCCAGCCACUGCCCCGCUCGGUUCGCCAAGGGAAACCCGAAGCCACGUCGGCCGACUCGAGAGAGACCGCGGCGACCUAGACCGAGACCGCGAACAACGUCCGAAACCACGUCUUGUCGGGUCAUCUUCGACUAUUUCCUCCCAUUACCCUUCUUCUUCUUCUUCUUCCCGUCGGCGGCAGGACAGCAAUUUCGAGCAUGUUCCCAGACAUGCGCGCACGCGAUCGCUUUCGGUGCCCAGGUCCUUCUCCCCGCCGCCCUCCGAUGACGAAACAUCCGCGCAGGACUCGGACGAGGAAAGGCGCAGGCUGAAAGCCAGACAUACGCUCAAGACCAAGACGCGAGAACAUUAUCCCUCUGGAUCCCACCACCGGCCGUCGCUUCAGUACUACAACGAUCGGGCGAGCUUGUCAGGUUCGCGACUCGCAGGAUGGCCGAAUGCCAGUUCAAGACCACCGUCAAGGUCACCUGAUCCGGUUCGGCCUAAGAGAAUGGACAGAGAACUUCGGAGGGAUUUGUUUGAUCGUGCUUCGUUUCACCAGCUCGGCGAUGAUCGGGACUCGUUGUUUUCUACGCCUUCGGAGCCCAACUUAAGGGCAAGGCUCAAUAUGGGCGUGGAUCCGGGAUUGGGGAGCCCGAGAAAGCCUAGUGCGCUUUCUAGGAGUGGCACAGGGACGUUUGAAUAUGAAGGGAGACAAGGAGGGUUGGGUUUAAGGAAGCCGGGUACCUCUUCCAGGGCUCCCAGUGUUGCGCCUUCGUACUGUCACGCUGCCCCAGAAAACCCCCAGUACGCCCAAGUCCGCGUCCUCAUCCUCACUUGGGCCUUCCACGAUCUCAAGGUCAGCGACAGCGACGCACACCCGUACAUGUUUGGCCCCGGCAGCGAGUUUGUUUCGCUUGAGGAAGAGACGCGACGACUUCGGGAUACCUUUGAAUCGUAUGGGUACACAGUAGACGACUGGCUGAUUCCCAUGCGAGAUCCACUCAAAGCUGUCUUGACCAAACUAGCGCAAUUUAGCAAAUGGGCGAACGACGAGACGCUGUUGAUUGUGUAUUACCAUGGACACGGAAGUUUGGACGAGAGGCGCGAGUUGGUCUUCAGCAGUCACGAACAUCCGACCGAUGCGCAAUGGGCGCAAACAGCCGCGGCUGAACUUUACGCUGCGAUCUUGAAUCAGGACGCUUGUACGCAUCUGGGAAAGCCCACGACGCCGUAUCAUGAGUUGAUGAAGAAGUAUGAGCGCUACCGCCCCAUCUCCAAAGUGAAAUGGUCCGACAUCCGCUCCGCAAUUCUCGGCAUCAACUCCGACCUGCUGCUCAUUCUCGACUGUUGCGCCGCCGGCGGCGCCAAUCUCGACAUGGAACACUCCGACGCCACCGACACGUACCACAACACCGAUCCUUCCAGCGGGAAAAUCUACACCAAACACCUCUUUGCCGCCUGCGGUUUCGAGUCCAGCACCAGCGACGACAUGACCAGCGCCAUGUGCGACGUUCUCGACGAAUGGCCUGCAGGACCCGACGACGCUGGGUUGCAAGACUUGGUUACAACCGGACAUUUAGGAGGAGCAGGAGGAGGAUACACGGGAAAAUGGCUGACCACUCGGAAACUGCACCAAAUCGUCGAAUCCAAACUCCAGCGCAACGCAGGCAUGACGGCCGUAGGUCUAAGAAGCGCCAGCCAGCCGAUUUUCAAGCAGUUACUUCCUGUUGAUUUGCCGGAGCGGUACAUCACUUUACCGAAUCUGCAGGGAAGACAGCGAAGUCGGAACCAGAGCAGGGGACGCAACAGGCAUAGUCAUAGCCAGGUAUCACCGAGUGCCGCGGAGGGGGAUAGCAUACCUGGCAGCACCAUGAACGGCGGGACAGAGUACGGAAUUGAUGCCGAAAUACCUGCUCAUGCACAUGCACAUGCACAUGCACAUGCACAUCCAGGGAGCGCAACGCAAGUAGGGUUAGGCACAGCGAGGAGUCGAAGUAGGUUUUCGGCGCGGGAUUUGAGUCUGGGGAGGAUAUCAAGUCGGGCGGAGAGGGAUCGGGAGAGUGGGUUGCGGGAAAGAGAUGGGAGUGUAAGGGAUAGUGGAAGGGAGAGGGAUCGUGAGAGAGAGAGGGAUAGGGAUAGUAGGGAGGAUGAGGGGUGGGAUGUGGUUAGUAUGCGGGAGGGGUUGAGGGAACGGGAUGGGAGUGUGAGGGAGAGUGGGAGGGAGAGGGACAGAGAUCGUGAGAGGGAGAGGGAGAGGGAAAGGGGGAGAGGGAGGGAUUGGUAG